AUGGAGCAAUACGUGGCUGGCCUCGAGCAGACCCUGCAGCAGGUCCUCUUUUCGAACGACAGCAAUCAGAUCAAGGAGGCCACCAAGGCAUUGAACUCCCAGUUCUUUGCUGAUGCCAACUGCGUCCCCGCCCUUGUCCAUAUCAUCCAGACUUCGCCCCAAAAGGAGAUCCGUCAACUUGCUGCGGUCGAGCUCCGCAAGCAGAUCUCGACCUGGUGGACAAAGAUGGAGCAAGACGUCCGCACCAACGUCAAGGCUAAGCUCUUGGAAAUCAUCCUGAGCGAACAGGAGGCUCUUCCCCGUCAUUCGACCGCUCGUGUCAUCGCCACCGUCGGAAGACUCGAGAUUCCUGCCAACACCUGGAACGAGCUCCUCGCUUUUCUGUUCCAGUGCUCCAACAGCAGCACCGCCGGACACCGCGAGGUCGGUGUUUAUGUGAUCUAUGCCAUCUUUGAAGUCACCGAUGCUUUUUCCGACAACUUGCGCCAGCUCUUGGAAUUGUUCAGCCGCACCAUUGUCGACCCCGAUUCACAGAUCGUCCGUAUCACCACUGUCCAAGCCUUGGGCAAGAUAGCCGACUUUAUCGAGGAGGACCAGAAGGACGAAAUCGCCAUGUUCUCUGAGCUCGUUCCCCAUAUGGUCAACGUUCUCCAACAGUGCCUCAACGACAGCGACGAGGAGUCUGCUGCCAAGUGCUUCGACGUUUUUGAUACGCUUUUAUUGCUCGAGGUCCCUAUUCUCUCUAAGCACAUCCAGAACUUGAUCCAGUUCUUCCUGAACGUUGGUGCCAAUAAGACCUAUGAGCCCGUCAUGCGUGUCCAGAGUCUCUCCUUCCUCAUGUGGGCCAUUGCCUACAAGAAGACUAAGAUCCAGCGCCUUAAGCUGGUUACUCCUAUGAUCCAAGCCUUGAUGCCCAUUGCUGCCGAAGAGGAGCCAGAGGAUUCGGACGAGGACUCGCCUGCUCGUCUCGCCUUUAAGGUCAUCAACACUCUUGCCACAAACCUUCCUCCUCAGCAGGUUUUCCCCGUCGCCAUGGAGGGCAUUCUCGCCUACAUGGCCAAUGCGGAUCCCUUGUAUCGCAAGGCCGCAAUGGUCACCUUGGCUGUCCUGGUCGAAGGCUCUGUCGAUUUCAUCCGCCCCAAGUUCAAUGAUCUUCUCUUGGUUGUUUGCGCUGGCCUCCAGGAUCCCGAGGCCAAUGUGCGCCGUGCUGCCUGUAUGGCUCUGAGCUCGUUCGCUGAGGAAUUUGAUCAGGAGGUCGCCGAGAACCACGCCACUCUUUUGCCCUUGGUCUUCAAUCUCAUGAAUGAACCUACUCCCGAGAUCACCAAGCAGGCCUGCAAUGCCUUAGACGCCAUCUUGGAGGGCUUGGGCGAGAACAUCCUCCAGUACCUCCCUGUCCUGAUGGAAAAGUUGCUGCACAUGCUCGAUCACGCUCAGGGCGAGACUCGCGCCAUUGUUGUUGCUGCCAUCGGUAGUGCCGCUCAUGCCUCUGGCUCCGAGUUCACGCCUUACUUUCCCGAAGUCAUGAAGCGUCUCCAGCACUUGAUGACCCUUCACUCCAACGAAGACGAGCUCAUGCUCCGUGCUGUCUCUACUGAUGCCCUCGGCGCCAUUGCUGCUGCUGUUGGCAAGGAUGCUUUCCGACCCCACUUGAACGACCUCAUGAACUUGGCUAUGGAAGGAUUACUUUUGGACAACACCCGCCUCCGUGAGUGCGGUUACUACUUCUUUGCUGGAAUUGCCCAGGUCUUUGAAGACGAAUUUUCGCCUUACUUGGCCGGCAUUGUUCCUCAAUUGAUCGCUUCGUGCCAAUUGGACGAGAAUACCACCCGCUUCGACAAUGACAAUGGCGCCGUCGACGAUGAUGGAGAGGAUACCUCGGAGGAUCUGAACUACGUCUUCCGCUCGGCUGUUGCUGAUGAGAAAGAGGUUGCUGCUGACACCAUCGGGGAGUUCUUCCAACACACUCGGUCCGCAUUCUUGCCCUAUGUCGAGUCGAGUGUCAAGGAGUUGAUCGACUUGACUACGCACAUGUCUGACGGUGUCCGCAAGGCUUCCUGUGGCGCCUUGUUUAACUUCUUGCGCACCUUCUACAAAUUGUCGAACUGCGAGGAGUGGAAGGCUGGUCUUCCUGUUGCUAUCCCCCUUCAUGACAAUGUUGCCCAGCUCAACUCUUUGGUGAUGCCAGCCAUCCUUUCUAUCUGGGAGGAUGAAGAUGACAAAAUGGUCGUUGUUCAGGUCUGUCAGGAGAUGGUCGAAACUGUCAAGCUUUGUGGCCCUGGCAUUAUUGCCGAUCAUAUCACUGCUAUUGCCGAGCACUUGAACCUGAUCUUUGAGAAGAAAGCCUACUGCCAGCAGGAACUUGCCGAUGAUGAGGGCCUGUUGGAUGAAGACGAACAGGCCGAGUUUGAUGCACUGUUGAUCUCAUCUGCCUCGGAUUUGGUGGGCGCCUUGGCAGCAGCCUUGGGCGAGAGCUUUGUCCCUUAUGCCAAGGUCUUUAUUCCCCACAUUGCCAAGUAUUACAAAAAGUCCAAGCCCACGAGCGAGCGCUCGAUGGCGAUCGGAUGCCUGGGUGAGAUCGCCGCCGGCAUGCUGAGCGGUGUGACUGAAUUUACGGAAGUGAUCUUCCCAAUUGCUGUCAAGGGUCUUUCGGACGAGGAGGCCGAGGUCCGCAGCAACGCCGCCUACACAAUUGGAGCCCUCUGUCAGAACACCAACCUCGACAUCUCGUCUGAAUAUCCCACUCUUCUGGCGGCCUUAUACCCCUUGUUCCAAGGCCAGAACUUGGACAAUGUCACGGACAAUGCCUGUGGUGCUGUGGCGCGCAUGAUCAUGAAGCACCCCAACGCUGUGCCUAUCGAGCAAAUCCUGCCAGUCUUUGUCCAGGCUCUGCCCUUGAAGCGUGAUUAUGAGGAAAACGAGCCCGUGUACAAGCUGCUGUUCUCGUUGAUCCAGUCCCAGAACACCUGGGUCUUCAACAACCUGAAUCAGCUGCUGUCGAUCUUUGCCGAGGUCUUAUCAAAGGAGGAUGAGCUCAAGCCCCACACUCGCCAAGAGAUGAUCGAGAUCAUUAAGGCCCUCAACUCACAGUUCCCGGCAUUGGCCAUUGGCGCCUCUCCCCUUAGCGCCUAUCUUCAGUAG